AUGUCGACACUAUCUCCAUCUUCUCAGGCCACUCCUACGAAACCUUCACUUCCCAUUGAUCUCCUACCGAUAGACCUCGCACGCUUGGUCUCACAAGCUCAUCCGGCUCUCCUGCUUGCUGCAUACUAUAUCCGCUUCCCAGUCCUCGUCGCAGACCCAGUGUCGACGCUUUUACAGACGUUACUCCCGGUAGCAGCCAUACAGGUUGUAUAUGCUGUCAUUUGUCUGCCGGCCGUGGGAUCAAAUGCCAAACCCGCCUUGGUGAAGAAAGCUAAACUAAACGCUUCGAAGAAGGGGGCAGAACCAUCUCAAGUUACUGGGAAAGCAUUUACAGCCAUAUUCUCCCUCCUCCUCUCCCUCCUAACCACCUUACCUCUCUUCGCCCUCCAAAUCCUCUUCGGCGCCCCUGUUACCUCCCACCUCCCCCAUACCGCCCUCUCGUCGGCUCACAUAUCCCUCCUAGCUCUCUUCCCACUAUUCUACGUCCACGGAACAUCAGCAUCCAAAUGGCGAGAAAUUGUCUCGAUAUAUUCGCCCAUUGACGAGGUAUUUGGCGGAUCACUAGGAGCUUUACUGGGAGCUUGGUUAGGAGCUGUGCCAAUACCAUUGGAUUGGGAUAGGGCGUGGCAGGCUUGGCCUAUCACUGUUGUCACGGGUGCUUAUAUUGGGUAUGGAGUGGGCAAGAUGGUUGGAGGGUGGUUGCUCAGAGGGAAAAGGGUGGAAUUUGAAUGA